CCGAUUAAUGACUGCUCAGUCUUGAUCAGUUCUGAACAAACAAAAGGCCGAGGUCCAGGAUGAACUCCUACUUAGACUACCCCAUGUGCAGCCGGGGAGCAAAUAUUUUCAGUGCCAAGGCCGGAUACCACAAUUUGAACCACGGAUACAUGUCGUCAAACUCGUGCGCAACAAGUGAUAGUUACGCACCGGACGGGCGCUUAGUUGCAGCAACUUCUGCGCCCCACCAGACUCCGAGCCUCCCUCUGCACCACCAGACACACGUCAACUUGGAUCUGCAGUUUUCAACACCGGGAAACUCCAUGUACGGGUCACCUCUGGAGUACGGACAUCACCAGUACGGCCUGGCUUCCGAGCAGGACCGGAACUUCAUUCAUGCACAAGUUUCACCCCUCGGAACAAACAUGGCCCCCUACACCGGGGACAGUUGUGGGCCUGGAGUAACAACGGGCAGCCAGUACCUGCAUUUUGGCAACGGAGACCAAAGGCAGCACGAAUAUUCAGAGAGUGUUUACACAAGGUUACCGCCACAAAGUAAGGAGAAGGAUCUGGAGCAUGUGGAGGAAACUUCUAAAACAUUCGACUGGAUGAAAGUGAAGAGGAAUCCUCCUAAAACAGCUGUUCUGUCCGAGUUCGGGGUUCCCGGCCAACACAACGUGAUACGCACCAACUUCACCACCAAGCAGCUGACCGAGCUGGAGAAAGAGUUCCACUUCAACAAGUACCUGACGCGGGCACGGCGGGUGGAGGUCGCCGCUAGUCUGGAGCUCAACGAGACGCAGGUGAAAAUCUGGUUUCAGAACCGGAGGAUGAAGCAGAAGAAACGCGAGAAACUGGGGUGCGUCUUGGUCAACACCCCUGCACCCGCGGAGAAACUCUCGGGCCCUGACACAUCUCCAAAGGCAAAGGGGAAAGACUCUGAACCGUAA